GGUUUCACCCUAAUGAUUCGGAUUUUUCAAGCUUCGGUGCUUGUUUUACUUGUCCUUGAUGUAGUGAAUGCGUAUCCCUUGUCUUCGUAUCAAACGUAUUUUCGACUCUUUGGGCGGCAUCUGCGAAAGAGGCGGGCAAUAUCAGAUACAAUAAAGAGCUGCAGUCAUUGGAAGAUCAAUCACUCAGAUGAUCCUGAUAUUACUGACGUGGUUGUUGCUCUACACAAUAGCGCUUCAAGUGUGAAAAAAAUAUCAACGGCUCUUCAAUGUCAGACCAUGAUCAAAAUAAAAGAACCCAACCUAGGAUACAAGAUAGAAGCGGGAGCGAUGAAAGAGGUAUUAUUUUCCAUAGCUGUAUCUCCAUUGCAUUUCCACCACGAUUCACGCGUGCGCAGACACACAUGUCUGCUAUCAACCUGGACUGAAGACGCCAACAGCUACGUCACAUGUAAGAUUAAAAUUCCAGUCUGGCCGAAUGGACUGUUCUUCUACAAUUGCAGAUCCUAUGCGAUUGGUCAAAUGACUGUCACUCAACGUGAAAAUGAUAUGGGAACUCAGAUACGUCUACACAAUACAGGGCCUAAAGCACUUUUCAUGGUCAACUCCACCUGCGAUCCUACCAUCAUGACUCUGACCCAUACUAACAAAUACAAACGCUUGUAUGAUAGCGAGGAAUGGACGCUUAGUUUUCCCGCUUCGUGUGACGGGCGAGUUGGAAUUAACUACAAAGGAAGCUGUUCUGUCAAGGUGUACCAUGUUUGUCUUACAACAACCACUUUUAUCGAUGAAGUAAAAUUUGACUUUGUUGACGGUGAAACGAAAGAGUGCGAGUAUCGUAAAAGCCACUACACCACGUACAGUGCUCACUGGUUGCAAUCGUUACUCGGUCUCAACGAUCUUCUAACCGCGUUGCUUGUUCCUGUGGUAUUCCUGCUGAUGGUAACCAUCAUCAUUACACUAGUAAUAAAGUUUUUCCUGCUCGUACAUCAACGUGGCUCACUCAGCGCAGCUAAGAAGGAAUUUCGCCAGAGAUUUCGUGGUAUUUUCCAAGCUCGUCUCGCCAACAUUACAAGUUAACACUACCACUAGUGCUCUCUGUACGUAAAUCAAUACCAAAAAACAAGAUGUACCAGCCUAGUAAAUCAGUGAAAAUCGAAUCCGAGAAAAAACUAAAUAAAAAUCUAUUCUUUUGAGAUUAAAACAUUAGACUGGA